AUGCAAUUUUUGCUCAUAAUCAUCGUUCUUGCCUAUGUUGAAGUUCUAUAUUGUUAAUGGCAAAACAAUUUAGCUUUAUUAACAUCAAACGCAUUAUUUACCUAAUAAACUGGUCCAUAUGCAUCUUAACAAUCAGGAACCUUCUUUCAAUUAUAUACACAAACCACAGCCAAUUUUAUCACUUGUACAAACCCAUAAACAAGCUAUAUAACUCUAAAUAAUAAUUAUCCUAGUGUUUAAACAGAUUAAAACUACUUUUUAUAAAGUGGAUAUUUUGUAGCUUUUGAUUUAUUUUUUCAGGGUACUUGGCAAAAUCAAGGCGUAAAGUUUAAAUUUGGUUCAUUUGAAUUCUAAUAUUAUUAUCAAUAACCAUCAGUCUAUCCUUUGACUAACCAAUUUUGUGAUUAUUAAGAUGUCGAUGUAAAAACAGUAAAUUUUACAAUAACAUCAACUAAUAAUGAAAAAAUUUAGUUUAUUUCCUAAAAUUUCAAUGAUGGGUAAGUUUCAAUCAGAAAUUUGUAUGUAUCAUCUUUUAAUUGUUUUCCCUCUUGCUCCUCUUGUAGUGGCCCUGGAUUCAACGAAUGUACAGAUUGCUAUUUCCAAACACCUACAAAUGGAAUUUGCCCCACUUGCCCAUAAAAUUAAUAUUACAUGAAGAAUAUAGGAUGCAAGCCAAUUUGUGAUAUUGGAUCUUCUUUAAUUAAGUAGGGAUUCUGUCAAAAUUAUCCAAGUAAUUAUAAAAAAUAUCUUCUUAGCUCAAACUUUUAUAACUACUUAAUUUACAUCUAAUCUUUCAUCCCCAGAAAUUUUGAAAUGGUCUUUAAUUCUUGAUCCACUACAUGUUGACAAUACUUUGCUUCCAAAUAUUUAUGUAAACUAUCAAUACAUAUAUGGAAUAUUUAAGUACAAUUCUGGAGUUUACAGAUAUAUAAACGAAUUAUCUUCAAAUUAUCCAACUCACUUAAUUGGAUUCAAGAUUACAUUAUUAAUUUUCAAUGAAAUUCCACUUGGAUGCGGAAUCCAAAUUAAUAUUAACAAUAUGUAUUAUGGAUCAAUUUCUAGAGAAAUAUCAGGAAUUCAGGCACAUCAGUUAGGUGUUUAUGAAAUUUCAGACUUUGGCUCAUAUCCAACUUAUUCCAGUGUCAAGAAAUAUGUUUUAGUUACAUACUUUGAUAUUCCCAAGAUCCCAUUAUUAUUUUCAGCCGUAGGAAAUUUUAGGUAAAUUUCUAUUAUUCUAAUUUAGUGAUAACUCUGCUGGAUGGGGAAUUAUGUAAAUAUAGGUUACUACAGGUUAUUGUCCUUAAUAUUGUAAAAUAUGUGAAGUACCAUUCAAAUGUAAGACCUGCAAUAAUGGAUACUAUUAUUAUAAGGAUGGUACUUGCGUAAGUAGCUGCUCAAGGCCAUAUUAGAAAUUAAACGGUACCUAUUGUCAAGAUUUUGAUUAUGAAACACCAUGUAAAUAUUUUAAAUAUCAAGACUCUUAAUUUUUAAUUUAAGAAUAUGUAAGUAUAGCAAAUAAUCCUGAUUAAUAUUCUUAAUAUACUUUAAUUUCUAAAAGCGGAACAAAUUUUUUAAAAGGAUUAGAUAUUUAUUAUUCAUAUUGGUAAUCAUAUCGAGUCUUUGGAGGCCCAUUUGUUUGGGCCUAGGCUAAAUUUAAAAGGGUUCAUAACAUAGUUGAUCCACAUCAUAGUCUCACUAUUGCCUUUUAUAUCCUUUAUGGUCCAACAUUCCCUUCAAAUGGAUAUUUCAUAUAUACAAUUGAAAACUAACCACCAGUUUAUAAAUCAACUUCUUAUUAUACUUAAUACUAUUCUGAUGGUUCAAAAUAAGAUAAGGUAUAUGAAAGAAUAUCUCAUAAUACAAAUACAUUAACUAUAUAUUGGGAAUGUUAAGGACCCGAUAAUGAACCAAUUAAUGCCUAUUGUGGAUUCUAUAAUUAUUAUAUAGCUGUUCAUAAAUGCAAACCUUAUUGCUUAAAAUGUACAGAUUAAAAUACAUGUACAUAAUGGAAUAGUACAUAUAAUUCGACUGUUGUUAAAUUUUCAAUAGCAGAAUGCGGGUCAGGCUAAUAUUAUGAUAAAGAGUAAGUUAGAUGCAUAUAAUGUUUAAUGCCUUGUUUAAGUUGUAUAUCUAAAUUAGAUUGUUUAAGUUGUUAAUCUACUUAUACUUUAAGUAAAUUAGGAUGUACUUGUAAAUAUAAUUAAUAUGAAGAAUCAAAUCAAUGCUAUGAUUGUCCAAUUGAAUGUAAUUAAUGUUUAAGUUUAACUUAUUGUAUAGAAUGUUUAAUUAGUAAUAAUAGAUAAUUAUAUAAUGGAUAAUGUAAUUGUAUAGAUGGAUAUUAUCCAAUCAUAUCAAAUCCUUAAUGUCUUUUAUGUCAUUAAUUUUGUAAAACUUGUACUGGACCAACUUUUAAUGAGUGUUUAACUUGCAACAAUAUUAUUAAUAUACAAAAUAUAGGAACAACAUGUAAAUGUCCAAAUGGAUCAUAUUAUUAAGAUUCAAUAUAAAGUUGUUCUAAUUGCCAUUCAUCCUGUUAGUCAUGUUUUAGUUCUGCUAUUAAUGGUUGUUUAACAUGUAAUUCAUCUUUAAAUAGAAUGUUAAAAGGAUUAAAAUGUGAAUGUAUACCUGGUUAUUAUGAAUUAAAUAAUAUUUGCACAAGUAUUUCAAAUAUUUACAUUUAUUAUAGAUUGUCCAAAUACAGAAGAUAGUUCAUUAAGUUAAUGUUAUAAAUUAUGUAAUAAUAAUUCAUAGAUAUGGCAUACAAUUACAUGUAGUUCUUGUGAUUUAGGAUUUCAAUUACAAUAAGGAGAAUGCUAACCUAUUUGUGGAGAUUCAUUAAUAAAAGGAUAUGAAUAAUGUGAAGAUAAUAACAAUGUUUUUGAUGAUUUAUGUUAUAAUUGUUAAUAUCAAUGUCCAGUUCAUUGUGUAACUUGUGACUAAAAUACUACUUUACCAUGUCCAGAUAUUUGUGGUGAUGGAUAUAUAACUGGAAUUGAAGAAUGUGAAGAUGGCAAUAAUAUUUAAUAUGAUGGAUGUUAUAAUUGUAAAUUUUAAUGUUAACCUUCAUGUACUAAAUGUAUAAAAGGGUAAUGUUAAGAAUGUGCUACUGCAGGAUGGUUUAUUGAUCCUACUGUCACACCUUGGUAAUGUAAAGAAAGAUGUGGAGAUUAACUAAUUGUUGGAACUGAAUAAUGUGAAGAUGGAAAUACUAUUGAUACAGAUGAAUGCAAAGAUUGUAAGUAUCAUUGUGGAAUUGGUUGCUCAUCUUGUAAUUACACAACAAAUACUUGUUUAAGUUGUGAAUUCCCUGGCUUUAAACCAUAUUUUUUUUUUUGUGUAAAUAUUUGUGGAGAUGGUUUAGUAGCCACAGACCCUUACGGAUACUAUUCAGAAUAAUGUGAUGAUGGCAAUACAAUUAAUUAUGAUGGUUGUAGUAGUUCAUGCAAAUAUUAAUGUUAAUUACCACCUAUUUGCAUUAGCUGUGUUAAUAAUAGAUGUGAAACAUGUGCUGGACGUUAUUUAUUAUCUGAAAAUAAAAUUUGUAUACCUAUUUGUGAAAAUGCAAAUAUAGUUGGAGGAUGCUAAAACUGUUUUCCUAUAGAUUCAUCUCCUUGCCUAACAUGUGAUACUUUUGGGUAUGGCUGCAUCUAGUGCAAGCCAGGUUAUAAAAAAAUUGAUAAUUUCUGUUAAGCAAUUUGUGGUGAUAGGAUAAUUACAGAUGAUGAAUAAUGUGACGAUGGUAAUUUGAUAUUAGGUGAUGGUUGUCAUUUUUGUUAAUUUAGUUGUUAGCAUUCAUGUCUCAAUUGUAUUUAAGGACUCUGUUAUCAUUGUAUACAUGGUUAUCAGUUAAUAUAAUUUAAAUGUUAUCCUAUUUGUGGAGAUGCUUUAUAGACAAGUGAUGAACAAUGUGAUUAACCUAAUUCAGAAUGGUGUGUUAAUUGUCAAUUCAAGUGUGAUAUAAAUUGUAAAAUUUGCUAAUUUGGAACAUGUUAACUCUGCUAAGUUGGUUUUCAUAUGCCUCCUGAUGGGUAAAUUUGUUAAACAGAUUAUUAAUAAUAAGAAAUUUAGAUUGAAUACUGUAAAUUAUAAAUAGGGAAUGCUUGUAAAUAGUGCUAAGAUUUUGCAUAUUUGGAUCAGGUAUAAAAAACUUGCACAGUAAACAUGUAAUAUAAAAAGUGUAUAAAGAAUUGUAAAUUAUGUUUAGAUUAAAUUUGUUUAGAAUGUUAUACUGGAUAUUAUGGAUUUUAAUGUAUCCCAUAAUUAGGAGAUGGCAUAGUGGUUGAAGAAGAAAUUUGUUAUGAUUAAAACAAUUAAACGAUAAAUGAUCGUGUAGAAUGUUACUCCAAAUGUGAUAUCAAUUGCAUAAGUUGUAUAAUUGGGGUGUGCGAAUUAUGUUCAAAAGGGUUUUAUUUAUUUAAUAAUAAGUGCAUACCAGAUAUUAUAACUUCUAUUUUAUAUGUGAAUGCCGAUUUAAAUCUAUGUGGAGAUAAUAAAUUAGGAAUCAAUGAAGAAUGUGAAGAUGGCAACACUUAUCCAUUUGAUGGUUGUUAUUAAUGCAAAUUUUAAUGCGAUGUUAACUGUAUUAAUUGUCAAUUUGGAAAGUGUGAAGGUUGUAAUAGUGGUUUUAUUCUAAAUUCUAUUUACAUGUGUGAACCAGAAUGCGGAGAUGGCAUAGUGAUUCCAUUUACAAGUGAAUAAUGCGACGAAGAAGCUGAAGGAUGCUUAAAUUGUUAAUUUUAUUGUUAACCUUUUUGUCUCCAAUGUAAUGUACAAUAGUGUUUCUAAUGCUUUAAUGGAUUUUCAAUAAAUUAAAAUGAAUGCACACCUGUUUGUGGAGAUGGAAUAUUAUUAAGUGACUUUGAAGAAUGUGAUGAUUAAAAUGAUGAACAAUUUGAUGGAUGUUUUGAAUGUAGAUUUUAAUGUCAGCAAAAUUGUGAAAUAUGUGAAGAAGGUAAAUGCGUAAUGGAAUUUUGUUCCGAUGGUACAUAUUGGCUAAAAGACUAAUGCUAAGCUAUUUGCGGAGAUAAAAUAAUUGCAGGUGAUGAAUAAUGUGAUGAUGGAAACUAAAUUCAAUAUGAUGGCUGCAAUAAUUGUUAGUAUUAGUGCAAUUAACAAUGCAACAUCUGUGAAGAAGGAAUAUGUCUUGAAUGUAUUAUAGAUUAUGUUUUGAUUGAUGCGCUUUGUGUUUUAAACUAAAAGAAAUUUAUUAAUAAUACUAAUACUGGGUCUUUUAAUAACAACUCAAAUAUUAAUGGUAAUGCCAAUAGUAAUACUAAUAGUAAUAAUACUAUUAAUAAUAAUAAUAAUGGUAUUAAAUAAUAAGAGUCAAUUUUAGAAUCAAAUGAGAUAUGUCGAGAUUCAGAAUGCGCAUACUCAAAAAAACCAAACAUGAAACUUACUUAUAAUUAUUAACAAUUUUCUUACUAAUAUGUUGACGUUAGUUUCGACUAAGAAAUAAAAUUUAGUGCUUCGGUAAUAAAACAACAAGAGCUAUUCAAUAUAAGUAUUCUUGAUUUAGAACCUAAAGAUUAUAACAUUACUAUUAAUACAAUAUAAGAAGUUUCUUUUGAUCUCUAAAAUGCUUCCUAUUAACUUGCUGUUGAAAUAUUUCCACAACUUGUAAAUAGGCCAAUCCUUUUCAUUUCAUUAAAUUAAGAAGUUGCUAACUCUAAUAAUUAGACACUUUAAGAAAAUAAUUAAUCAAUCACACUUUAUAUACCAAAAGUAAUUUCUGAAUCAGUCAAAUCCACAUCUAUAAAAGCAUAAUAAUCUAACAAAGCAUUUAUGAUUGGAGCAAUUUGUUUAUGUGUCAUUUCUUUAAUUUCAGGUGAAAGUUCUGUAGUUGUUGAAACUUUAAAUGUUCUAUAAUAUCAAUCUUUCCUAAGAUUUAUAAAUAUUGAGUACCCUGAGAACCUAUUUAUCUAUUUUUAGGCGUAGGACUUGUUAUCAAUAACUUCUUAUUUAGAAUUCUUCGAACUAGAUGAUUAUUUAAACUUUAUAACAAGAAAAGAAUAAUAAUAAUAUGUUGAUUUGAAUGGAAAAUUUAAAGAAUAUAAUAUAGAGGCUGAUCUUUUUACCAAUAUAUUUCCACAGAUGAUUCAAUUUCUUGGAUUGAUAACACUGCUUCGUUUUACCAAAAAAAUUCAUAAUUUCUUAAUCAAAUUACUUAAAUAUAAAAAGGUUAUUUACUAUUUCUAAACUACUAAAUCUAAAAUUUUAAUUGCAAUAAUUAAUUUUACACUUUAUUUAGGUAAGAGUGUCAAAUCAUUAAUUAGAAUACGAUAUCUCUUUAAUUGUAAUUAAAUUCGGUAACUAAUUUACUUAAAUUCAUGGGAUUUAAUAUUUAAAGUAAUUUUACAACUUCAUUAUAAUCGAAUAGAUAAUAUUCGAAGUAUUUUAACCACUGUAUUUGCAGCUUUAAUAUUUCUCUUUUACAUUUAAUUUUUACUCUAAUCUUUGAAAUAAUGUAGUGAUAUCUAUAACAAAAAUACUAAAGCAAAGUUAGAAAUAAAGUUUAUUACAUUAGAUAUGUGCAGAACUAUAUUUUUCCACAUUGUUCUAAUAUUAUUCUAAGAUCAAUAAUUUUUAUAAUGCGUGCUACUAUCUGUCAGCAGUGUAUGUUAAUGUUGCUUAUUAUAUAAAUAUAAGCAGUGCUCCAAAUGGGAUAAAGUUACAUCCAUAUUAAUUGAAGCUAUUUUAACAGUUUUUAGUUUAAGUUUAUUUUUUUAUAUUGAAAUUGAAUAAGUUUAUAUUUCUUACGAAAAUAAAGUUACUUUAGGUUUUAUCCACAUGAACUUAUUGAUUUUAAGUCUGGCAAUAGUUCUUGCAAAACAAUUAAUACCUAAAAUACUAAGCAUAUGCAAAUUAUUGUUCAAAAAGAAGAAACCUAAGGUUGCUACAGAAAUACUAUUUUUUUGA